GCUAGUGGGGGAGGUUACAAACGCUAGCACAUGUUGACAUGUUCGUGAUAGGACCGGUUCGCUCGUGGCCCUACUAGUGGGGAUUAUACACUAGUAACUUGUUUGCCUACCAGUGGGAACUGGCCAUGACUAAUAGAGGAGACCACUACGUGAUUUUACUUGCAUUAAUGAUUUGUUAUUGAAACACUUUGUUCUUGAAACACUCUAUUCUUGAAAUGCUCUGUUCAUGUUUCAACCGAUUAUUUGGCAUGCUUUAUACUUGAUGUCGGGCCCCCAUGUUUACUUACUGAGAUAUUUUUGUCUCACGGUUUCCUUGUCCACCAUUUCAGGUAGUGAGACCCGACGCGUGGGAAGCCCGGGAGAGUGACGAGCUAGACGGCCAGGCAUUUUUGGAGUUAGUUCUGUAGCUAGGCCGUUAGUCACCCAUGCGGAUUUAGGACUUUUGUGUACAGGAUUUAGUGUUAGUCAUGAUUGUAUAUAUAAAGUGAUAAAUUUUGUACAUUCGCUGGUAACUAUUUGGUAAAGUAAAAAGGCUUAGAUCUG